AUUUGGGACUGAAGCUUUAAUCCCUGACGUCAGACUCAUUUAGCGGGAAUAAUAAUGAUGGCGGAUACCGUGAAAUGUCCGGUUUGUACUGGGGAUUUUAAAUCCAGUGAAAUUAACUUUCAUUUGGAUAAAUGUUUGGAUCAAAGCUGGAAAAACGAGGACGAGCAUCGAGAAGGUGCCGAACCUCCGGCUAAAAAGUCCCGCGUUAGCAGCGAGACUGAAACUGGGACUGGGACUGAGACUGGGAUUAGGACUGGGACUGGAACUGAGACUGGGAUUAGGACUGGGAUUAGUGGAUUGGAAGUGAAAGCACAUCGACCUGCAGGUGGCGUGUUUUCAGUGUUCAACAACAAGAAGUCGUUUUUAGCGUCCAAACCUUCGGCUACCGAAAGCGUCUCAUCAGAAAGCGCCACACGUCCGGAAUCAGAUUCAGGAAACCGGAAACAUUGCGCUGAAGCUGAGAUGCUGAACCAAAAGCUGCUGAGUUCAGACAAACCUCUGGCUGAGAAGAUGAGGCCCAGCACCCUGGAGGAGUAUUUCGGUCAGAACAAAGUGUUAGGAGAACAAACACUGAUCAGGUCUCUGCUGCAGUCGCAGGACGUCCCGUCUCUGGUCCUGUGGGGACCUCCUGGAUGUGGAAAGACGACUCUGGCCCACAUCAUUGCGAGCUCCAGUAAAAAGAAAGGCACGGCGCGCUUCGUGACUCUCUCAGCCACCAGCACGUCCACCAGUGAGGUGCGAGAGGUGAUCAAACAGGCGCAGAACGAGCUCCGACUCUGCAAGAGGAAAACCAUCCUGUUCAUCGACGAGAUACAUCGCUUUAAUAAAUCCCAACAGGACACUUUUCUGCCUCACGUAGAGUGCGGGACGAUCACACUGAUCGGAGCGACCACAGAGAACCCGUCGUUUCAGGUGAACAGUGCUCUGCUGAGCCGCUGCAGGGUUCUGGUCCUUGAGAAGCUGAGCGUGUCUGCGAUGAGCUCGAUAUUGCAGCGGGCUGUGGAUUCACUCGGGCUGUCUGUGUUGCCGAAUGACAGCUCAGGACCGGACGGCUCGACAGAGAGGCAGGUGUGUAUCGAGCAGAAGGCCCUUGACACCAUUGCUCACCUGUGUGAUGGAGACGCUCGAGCAGCUCUCAACGGCCUACAGCUGGCCGUGCAGGCUUGUGUGAACAAGACCCUCAGCGCAGAGACACGCACUCCUCAGAACAUCGUGGUCCAGGAGAAACAUGUCAAAGAGGGUUUACAGAGAUCCCACAUCCUCUACGACAAAGCAGGUGAGGAACACUACAACUGCAUCUCAGCCCUGCAUAAGUCAAUGAGGGGCUCAGAUGAAAACGCUUCCCUCUACUGGCUGGGCCGAAUGCUGGAAGGAGGUGAGGACCCGCUGUACGUGGCACGCAGGCUGGUACGCUUUGCUAGCGAGGAUGUAGGUUUAGCUGAUCCUUCUGCGCUCCCUCAGGCCGUGUCUGCGUUCCAAGCCUGCCACUUCAUCGGCAUGCCCGAAUGCGAGGUGAUCCUAGCACAGUGUGUUCUCCACCUGGCCAGGGCUCCUAAGUCUGUCGAAGUGUAUAAGGCUUAUAAUAAUGUUAAGGCCUGUCUGAGGAACCACAAGGGGCCUUUACCCCCAGUGCCACUUCACCUCCGCAACGCUCCCACCAAGCUAAUGAAGGAGCUAGGCUAUGCUAAAGGCUACAAAUACAACCCAGCAUUCAACGGGCCAGUGGACCAAGAAUAUCUCCCUGAGGAGCUCCGUGGCAUCAACUUUUUCAACUGGACACCAUCUGACUGAUAAACUCGUACCACUUUUUGUACAUGGGACUGUUUGCUGCUAUCCUUACACAGUCACUGUUUAUCUGAUUAAUAAUCAUACAGUUUGCACUUAAAUGUCAUGUGUGAUCAUGACCAGCUUUUCUCACUUAUCAUAUUACAUUUACUUUAAUUGUUUUUUUGUAAUAAGCAUACUGUAAAAUAUUUUUGUACGGCACUGUAAUUAAAUAAGUUUCAUUAUAAAAGUCUUUUUUUUUUUUUCUUUGAAAUUUAUAGGUUUGGAAAUUCUUUCCUUCAUAACUUUGUUCU